CUCCUCCUCCUGCACUUGUCAAAGGGCACCGAUCGCAAAUGACAUCACAGUUGUGUCCGCAGACUCACACGCAAAUCAUACUGGGACAAUCCAUUUAAUUAUCAAAGAAGCAGGAUUUUUUUCUUCUUUUUUGUAAAACUGCCUUUUUAGUCAUUAGAUGCCAACAUGCUUCCGUUCAAGAGAACUUUUGACAGCGAAAAGCAGCAGCUGCAGGAGCUCAACAGCAGACUUGCCCAGUAUCUAUCCAGAACCAAGCAGCUGGAGCAAGAAAAUGCGCAUCUUAUUACUGAAAUAAAUGAGCUGAGACAGGUGAGGAGGACCGCGGAAUGGGGGCAGAAAUGCAAAGCUGAGAUGCAGGAUCUGCGGAGAAUGGUGGGGCAGCUGUCGUUUGAAAAGUCCCAGGCUGAGAUGGAGAGGGAGAAGCUAUGGCGAGAGUUGCAGACGGUCCAAUCUAUGUGCAGCGAGCAGACUGAGGUGUGCAGUGACAUCAGCGGAGAGCUGAAAGGCUGCGAGAAGGAACUCCACCAAGCUCACAAGAUCAACAGUGAUCUCCAGCAGCGCUUAUUGCACCUCGAGAAUGAGUAUAAAUGCUUAGAGGACGCGCACAGGCGUGAGAUGGACCACCUUCAGCAUCAGGUAGAGUCCCGGGUGGUGCCCACCAUUACGCAAACUUACCGUGGGCCGUCGGUGGUCACCGUGGAAGAGGUGCAAGAGUACGCCCGCGGUCUAUCUGAGGGAUGGAUCGAGACAUUUGAAAUGUACCAACAGAAGGUGGAAGAGAUGGAGCAGUCGAUUAAAGCGGACCAGGCGAAACUGGGUGAUCUGCAGAAGGAAAAGAUGAUGUAUGCUUCUGAGUUGGGCAAAUUACGCACAGAGGCGGAAAAACAGGGCCAGAUUCAAAUGCGUCUUGAGGAGCAACUGAUGCACAUGCAGGAAAAAUUCCACGUGGACUUAAGUCAAUAUCAGAUAAUUAUUGAGCAGCUGGAACAUGAGAGAAACAUGCUUGCUGAUGCCAUGGCAGAGAAGAUGAGAGAGCAUCAGCACCUUCUCCAGGUGAAGAUGGAUCUGGGCAUAGAGGUGGCUGCUUACAGGGCUCUCCUGGAAGGUGAAAGAACUGGUCUGCAAGAUGCUCAUAGGAGGAUGAAUCAACAUCAUAGGGAAAGAAUUAUAGAUAUCAAGCUGCCUGCUCAACCCUACACUCCAAGGGCUUCCACCUUAACCACCAGACAACGUAUGGACCUCAGGUAUGCGUCACCAUCAAACCUAAGAAGAUCUCCUGUUCGUCCCUCAGGAUCCAUAAGUCCCUCCAGGGUCAUUCCCAUUUCAGUUGAAGGGAGAGCUCGCCAUCAAAGUCCAGCAUCCAGAAGGGAUAUGAUCUCAUUCAGCAAAGCCCAGGCUUCUGCCUCUGCUGCUACUACCAAAGAUAAACAGACAGGCCAGAGAGAAAACCGAAUGAAUCAAAGUGUGCAGAAAACGGCGACAGAGGAGAAAACUCUGAAACUCAAACAGAUGUCUCAAGAGAGUCAAAUCAGUAGAGUGCUGUCACCGCCAAUGAUGAGCUUCAGCACAAAAACAGAGACAGAAAGCAAAAAGCAUGUGUGGAAUGAGAGCGAGAAAGGCAGCGCUCACGAUGAGUUCAAAGACAAAGGGAGAGUAGAGUCUACAACAGUCCCAACAGAGAAAAAGAUAUUAGACUCUGUAUCUGUGGAAGAGAUCAUUGAGAAAGUGAUAAAACCAGCAGGUUUAGAAGCUAAAGUCUGCUCAUCAGGAGACUCAAAACUCAGAUAUCAUGUGGAGAAAACGGAGCAGGAAGACGGCACAACUAAGACACAGAUUGUGCUGGAGUCCAAAGUGGAGGAAGAGCUGGAUGUUUCUGAGGACUCAGCCUUGGAAGAACUCCUUGGUCAAGGUAUGAAGAAGGUGUCACUGGAAGACAUAGAGGAUACAGCAACAGGAAGCAUGAUCAAGAAUUUGCUAAGCAGCCUUCAAGGUGGACAAAACCUACAAAACAAGUCUGUCAAUGUGGAAAUCAUUGAGGAACCUAUAGAGUCGCACAGUGAUGAGGAGCUUGAGGUUGAACAGAAAAGCAGAUCUAGUUUUUAUGAGCCUUCAGCAUACUUCCAAAUUGAGGAGCUAGAAAAUGCCUCUCGUGACACUCGACUAGAGAGGAGUGAUGACACCAUGAAAUCCUCCUCAGGAGGGGCAGAUCAGUUCGCUGGUGGAUCUGUAAAAGUCUAUGAGGUCUCUAGAGAGAGAGGUUCUCCACAUUUCUCCCAUGACCAAGAAUCUAAUGAGUAUUUUGUGUCUACACCAGAUGACAACCUCUCUGAGCCCGAGGAGGCUGGAGGGAUAAUGUCAUAUGGCCACUACGGCAUCGUAGAUGACCUGUCUGAUGAAAGGUAUUAUCAAGAUGAAAGCCUUCCCCAGAAAAGAGUGAUUGUAGAAGAAAGUGAUGAAUAUAAGUACAUGUCAGAUGAUCGCUCGUUUGCCAAAGAGAGUUUACCAGAGUGCAUCAUUGAAGAAGAGGUGCGUGUCUCGCCUGUAGUGCAAGAGUCUGUUCUUGGGUACCUGAGAGAGGACUCUUUGGAGCCCAAAGAACAGCUGAAGGGAGCUCUGGAGAAGCUACAAAGCUCAGUGUCGGGUCCGCUGAAGGAGGAGUUGGCUUUCCUUACAAAAAUGACUACUGAAAGUCCUCAGAAAGUAGCUGUCAAAAAAGUGGAACAGUCAAGUGAUAAUGGAACCAUGACAAUAGUUGCAGAGCUAAAUGUCUCUCAAACCCUUGAAGAUUCUGGGUUGCUGGAUGCAGAUGAUGAUGUUUCUGAAGAGCAAAUCAUGGCAGCUCUUAGAUCUUCUAAUCUGGGCUUUGAGAAAGCCUUCCAGGAAGGGGCAGGAGAAGGGUACAGUAUAAGAGUUGCUAAAGAAGAAGUUGCUCAUGGUGGAGGCUUUGAAGGUUUCAGCAGCGAAGGAGAAUCUGCAUCUGAAAUAAUCGAGAAACGCCUUGAACUGGGUCCAUCAGAGAAGUCCUUCACCUUUAAGAUGGACGUAGAGGACAGUCAUGCUGAGGCGAGCUCCGAGACCCCGCUGAAGACUUCCCACGAGAAAAGAGUUGCAACAGUUUUCCUGGAAAGCCCUUUCGAGGACUGAGAAUGUAAUCAGACAUACUUUCAAAUUCAGUAAUUGCCAAAGUGAAGAUUUAGAGGUUGUGCUAAUGAAGCAGCUCACACACAUGGCAGUUAUACUGGCAGCAGAUGCUGUAACAAUGCUGCAAGUUCUGCAAACAAAAAUACCUAAAUGAUUUUGGAGUGAUGUUUUACAAUACUAGGAAUUCAAACAGACAAAUAGUUUUUGUAUGAAUUAUGACCAUGCUACUACUAAAACACUUAAUACUAACUAAUAUAAGCUAGAUGAAGUUUUGACAGAAUCAUCUUCACACUGCUGCAACUUACUGUGUGGGAUACUGGUGUGUGCUGUAUUAGUAUGUUUGAUUGUUUCAUGACAUACAGUUUAUCUUCUAAAUGCUUUGCUUACUCUCUUUAGAUUUAUAUUUUUGUAUUAACUAGUUCUGCAGACCUUAAACAACCCAUUCUGCAGUUUACAGUGCAGCAUCAAGUCAGCCAUUACUUCAUGGCUACAUCUACCUUUAUUUUGAGUCUCCUGGAUCAACAUUCAGUGCAGAUCAACACAAGGCAUUUUGAGAUAUGAGGUGCAGUCACAGGCUUUAACUUCUUCUUGUGUUCUUUUUUCACCACCUUUACAAAAAUGGAAUGAUGUUAGUACAUGCUGCAUCCUGGAUGCACUGGUUUAUUUUAAGAAGACGUCACUAAUAUGUACAGAAUGUUGUUAAGCAUGUUGCAAAAACUAGAUUUGAUACUGGGAGUGGGGGAAAAAAAACAAUGUCUUAAACAUGGUGUACAAAAGUAGAUCUAAAAAAAUUCUAGUGUUAAAUUUACCUUUUCUCCCAAGUAAGGUAUUUUUUAUAAAAAAUAAAAUCUAUCUUUCAAUCAACAUGACAAGCACUAAUAGUGCUUUAACAAGCUGUACCUUUACAUAAGUGGAAUGCACCACUGCUAUACCGUCUAGUCUGAAACAUGGGAUUGGAAAUUUGGAAAUCAAAAACUGGAGACAAUAAAAAAAAAGAAAACAAAAGAAAACAAAAGAACAGUGCAAAAUAAACAAACAAAAACUAUUAAAAGCAAUGAUUAGAAGUAGGAUAAUAAUAUCUGGUUUUGAUCUGUGUCGCAUAUGUCACCUUUUAUUAAUCCACAUUUGUUGGCUUUCACUGCAUUAGCAUGAAGGAUUCAACUUUGCUCUGGCCUAAGAGCAUGUUUAUGACCGUCACUAUUUUUGGAGCAUCAGAUUAGAGGCAUCAAGUGUUCACUACGGUUUGUUGUGAUGUGUGCUUGUUGCAGAGGCAGAAAUGGAACACUAAUAACAAUCUAAUACGUCUUGUAUAUUUCCUUGGCUGUUUAAUUUACACUUUACUGAGCAAUGUCUUUGCAGAUUAACUUUUUGAUGUUAUGUUUUCAAAUGCAGACAUUUUUUCGUGUGAAAGCCAAGCUUCCAUUAGAAGUCUUUUCUUUCUCACAUACAAACACAUCAAUAAACUUGUUAUGACACCUUUAUUAGUAAUAUUUAUCAGGUAACUGCAUCUGUACAACCUGGAUACUAUGUCCCAACAGAAAUCUGCACACACAAACACACACGCACACACACAUAUAUAUAUAUAUAUAUAUAUAUAUACAGAUGUCAUUUUGUUGAGAAAAAAAAAAUAAAGUUGCUUUGGUUGGCACUACUUCCAGCCCUUAGUUGAACAUUGAUAAAUAUUUUAGCAUCAUUAAAACCUAUAAUGGAAUGAUUUGUACGAGUAUUUUUUUAAAGUUUACUCAUUUUUACAUUGCAUGCCAACUUAAAAAAAAAAAGUUUUUGACUCACACCUUCAAGAUAUCAGUUACAAAGUGCAAAGUGUAGAAAAAGAUAUAUAAGAACAAGAGUGAAGACCAGUCAUUUAAGAGUCAGAUGUGGAUUUUUCACUGUUACCAGAUGGUACAGCUGCAAAUGUGUCCAUUUUCUUUUCCUUUCUGCUGUGCCUGUGUUGUCUGUCAACCACCUCUGGUGCCCUGAAAACAUCAUAAUGAAUUGUGUCAUCACCAAAACA